AAAAAACUGUUCAAAACCAAUUUAUUCUUACAAUUCAUGAGACGACAAAUCCGUACUCUCUGGCGUCUUUCCGUUUAGUAUUGUCAUUUUUCUUCAUCUUCUUCUAAUACCCUCUCUUCUCUUCUCUACUCUUACAAAAAAAGAAAAAGAAAAAGAAAGAAACAAACAGAGAUAGAAAGGAAAAAAAUAUCUAGACAACUGUGCAGAGAAGAAGAACAACCCCAAGAAAGAGAAGCUAAUACCUCCUAGUUCAUAAAUAUCCCUUUUCUAUUUUCUUCUUCCAGUGAGUCUCUCAAGUCAUAACAAAGCUCAGUAGUCACUUCUCUCUACUUUGUUCAACAUUUUUAAGGUCCAUUGUGAGUAUAAUAAUGUUUUCAUGAGGUUAGUAUGAGCCUGGUGAUGGUAGCGUUGAAUGGAUAAAGGAAAGAGAGUGAAGAUUGGCUUAGGUACUGUUUGGUUUUGUGGGUCAGGGUGCAUUGAAGUAGAGUAGUGAAACAUCAAAUAGCUCCAUUUUUCAGUUGUGCCCAUAAGGGUAGUUUCAAAUUAUGCAGACUCCAAAAGGAAGCAGAACUGGCUCCUUGGAAGCACCACAAAAGGUUCGUCCUCGAGCUGUACGCCAACUUAAAACAACUGGACUAGAGCCUGACUCUGCUUCUUCAUCGAAUCAAAUUAGAACACCAAAAGAAAGAAGUCCUAACGUUAUUGAUCGUCGUUCACCCAGAAGCCCUGUGAUCGAGAAGAAGCGGCCUAGCAGAAUAUCCGAAUUGGAAUCUCAGAUUACUCAGCUUCAGGAAGAACUCAAGAAGGCAAAGGACCAGCUAAGUUUAUCAGAAUCAUGGAAGAAGGAAGCUUUACAAGAGGCUGAGGAAUCGAAGAAACAACUUUCAGCUAUAUCUUCAGAGUUCAAAGAAUCACAGAAGCAACUUCUUGAACUAUCUGCUUCUGAGGAGGCUCGUGUUGUGGAGCUUCAAAAAGUCUCGCAUGAAAGGGAUAGAGCAUGGCAGUCAGAGCUUGAGGCUAUCCAGCAGCAGCACUCGAUUGACUCUGCUGCCUUGGCCUCUGCCUUGAGUGAAAUUCAACGGCUCAAGUUUCAACUUGAAAUGAUUGGUGAGUCAGAGGCUGCACAAAACAAGCAGACAGAAUCAGCAGAUGUGGAGCUUGAGACCUUGAGAGCAAAUCUCGUGGACACUCUUUCUCUUGUGGAGAACAUGAAAAACCAACUACAGGACAGCAAAGACUCUGAGGCCGAAGCCAAAGCACUGGCUAAUGAAACUCUAGUUCAACUAGAAACUGCAAAGAAAACUGUUGAGGUGCUCAGAUCGGAUGGCACUAAAGCUAUUGAAGCUUAUAACUCCAUUGCUUCAGAGUUAGACCAGUCAAAGGCACGUGUUAAGUUGUUGGAAGGACUUGUUAGCAAACUUGAGGUGAAACUGAGCAAUUUUUCCUGCAAAGCUGCAGCUGAUGAUGGUAAUGAAAAGGUCAUCGUUGAAAACCAAAUGUCAAAGGAAGUAAACCAGCUUGAAGCAGAGGUUUCUUCUUUGAAAUGUGAAGUGCAACGAUUGAGAUCUGCUCUAGAAGCUGCUGAGACUAAAUGCCAUGAAGAACAAAUUAACAGCACAGUGCAGAUAAGAAAUGCUUAUGAACUAGUGGAGCAGAUAAAGUCUGGGUCUGUUCUCAGAGAGACCGAGCUAGAGGCGGAACUGAAACAGGCGAAAGCUGAUAUUGAAGAAUUGAAGGCAGACCUAAUGGAUAAGGAAACUGAAUUGCAAGGAAUUUCAGAGGAGAAUGAAGGGCUGAAUUUGAAACUAGAGAACAGCUUAUCAGGCAAAGGAGAAUCUGAACUAGAGAAUGAACUCAAAAAGUUGAAGGAAAAUGUUGCUGACUUGAAUGCGAGUUUAGUGGAUAAGGAGAUGGAACUACAAAAUAUACUGGAGGAAAAUGAGGUGUUGAAGGUGGAAACUAGUAAGAGGGAAAUGAACAAGAAUAAAGUGAGUAAUGAUGUGGUUGUAGAGCUAGAGACAGCAAGGGCUGCAGAGCAAGAAGCUCUAAUGAAGCUUGGACUUGUGAUGGAGGAGGCAGAGAGAAGUAAUAAAAAAGUUGGAAGGGUAACUGAGCAGCUUGAGGCUGCACAGGCAGCUAAUGCAGAAAUGGAAGCAGAGUUGAGAAAGCUGAAGGUGCAAUCUGAUCAGUGGAGAAAGGCUGCGGAGGCAGCAGCCGCUAUGCUUUCAGCGGGAAACAACGGGAAGUUAAUGGAGAGAACCGGAUCAUUGGAUAGCAGCUACAAUCCUGUCACGGGAAGUAUGGACUCACCUUACAAUGAUGACACGGAUGAUGAUCUGAUGAGGAAGAAAAAUGGAAAUAUGCUGAAGAAGAUAGGGGUCUUAUGGAAGAGGCCACAGAAAUAAAAUAUACCCGAGGAGUUUGACAGAUGGAGAUUGAAUUGAUUGCAAGAGUUUAAAUCAUUUUCAUGAAGCAGAAGUUAGCAAUCCUUGUGAAGUUCUUAUCUUUAACAACUUGGGGAAAUGUUGGUUUGUUUUUCCCAUCCCCAUGAACAUCAAAAUAUUGUGGUAGAGAUUUUGCUGUUGAUAUAUAUUAAAAUUGGCAGCUUUAGUUCACUUUUGAACCGUAGAGGACAUGUAUCAAUUCAAGGAAAGGAAAUAGCCAAACCUUAAACAUAUAAUAUUUAAUAUAUAAUGUAUUUAUCUGCGUUGUGAUUAUUAUUUA